AUGGGUCCUUGGGAGUCGUCCUUGGCCUUGUCCCAAUCGGGCAAUUCUGUAUACACCGACUUAUUGACGUUCGCGUUCCGCGGCCCCAUCGCCUACGAUGACCAGAAACCACUCUUUAUUGAUGCUGAGGAUCCCUCGCGUGCUCUCUCUGCUGGUCAGUUCCGGCUAUUGGUCCGGACACUGAUUGCAGGCCUGCAGGCUCACCAUGUGCAGCGUGGUGACUGUGUCUUGGUGCAUUUGGGCAACAGCAUCCUGUACCCCGCCCUGUUUUACAGUAUUAUCGGGGCUGGAGGCGUGUAUAUGGGCUCGAACCCGCGUAGCCAGCCCGCCGAAUUGGAACAUCUUCUGGAGCUGUCCGAGCCGAAGCUGAUCAUUACUUCUCCCGAUGCGCUCGGCACUGUUCUCAAAGCUUCCACCGGUCGGGGCAUGCUCCCUAGCCAGGUCUGCUUACUCGACACGUCGGCACCCCUGUAUGUCACACAGUUGCUCCAAUCGGGGUCGCUGGCUUACCCUGGCGCGAUCGAAUCGUUGCUUCCGGAGCAAGGAUACCACCGGAAUUUCGCGCAUCUGCUGGGCUACGGCGAAAACGACUGGGUGACCUUCAAUGACGAAGCAAUCGCAAAAUCCACCCCGGCUGCAUUGUACUCGACCAGCGGCACAGGAGGCCUGCCCAAGGCCGCGAUUCUGUCUCAUCACGCAAUUGUGUCACAGCACCUUUCUAUUGCAUACGAUGUGCCUUACAAUGUCACACGGUUGCUGUCAUUGCCAUUUUUCCACCUCUUCGGGUCCCUGUGGGCGCAUAUUUUCACCGUCCGAUAUGGUCAGCCGUUGUUCGUCCUGCCGCGCUUUGAGCUGACUCAAUUCGUGGCUGCCGUGCAUCAGUACCAGAUCACUGAGACAUACAUGGUGCCCGCCAUGAUCCACGUGUUCAACCAGAGCGCCUUGCCGCUAUCUCAUCUGCUGUCUUCGCUUCGUUACGUGGGUGUCGCGGGCGCUCCGAUCGAUGCCGCUUCUAUGCAACUCUUCCAGUCGCAGCUGCACCCCUACGCCACGGCUGGUCAGCUCUGGGGCAUGACCGAAGCAGGCGUUGUCUUCCAGUGCCGCUAUGGUGACCGCGUGGAUCACGGAAGCAUCGGACCCAGCAUGCCAGGGUACGAAGUGCGUCUGGUCAAUGCUGACGGUUACAUUGUGACGGAGGAUGGGCAGGAUGGCGAGUUAUUUGUCCGAGGCGCCGGUGUGCUUAUGUGCUACAAGGGCCGCGACGAUGCUAAGGAUGCAAAUGGGUGGUUCCGGACUGGCGAUAUCGCUUCUAUCCAGAACGGCCGGUUCUACAUCAAGGGACGCACGAAGGAGCUGAUCAAGGUCCGAGGAUGGCAAGUCGCCCCCGCCGAGCUGGAAGCCGUCCUCUUGAAACACCCCGCCAUCGAAGACGCCGCUGUAAUUGGCGCCACCGCCAAAGACGGCAGCGAAGUCCCGCGCGCCUUCGUCGUCCUCUCCAAGGACCCCAACAUUAACCUCCCGACCGCACCCGAUGUUUACACGUACUCGCGUAAACAGCUUGCAAGCUACAAGGCAUUGGACGGCGGCGUCAUCUUCAUCGAGGACAUUCCUCGCACAGCCAGUGGCAAGAUCCAGCGCUUCAAGCUGGCCAAGAUGAACGAGUACCGGAUGAUGAUGUCCUCGCUGUGCUCGGAUCUUGAGGCGAAGAAGGCAGAGCGAGUUGCUAUGCAGCCGAUUGGGGUCAUGCCUGCUGCAGGGGGUGUUGCCGUCUGA